AUGGUGUUUAUUUUAACGCUAGAACAAGCCUAAAUCUCAAUUAAGACUGAUAAACCUAUGUAUUAUCCUGGAGAGAUCAUCAGAGGAGUCAUUUAUAUCAAGGUAAAAACUAAAGAUAUAAAUGCUGGUACAUUGUACCUGAAGGUAAAAAUUGGGUGUAAUUUAUAUAAGCUUAGUGGAUAAGAGAAAGUCAACUAAUUGGAUAAACACAACCAAUUUUUCAGUUUUAAAUAGUUUAUUUUUUAAAAAUAAAAGAAAAUAACAGAUUUUGGAAAGUAUGGUAAAUUUAAAUAAAUAGGAAAAUGCCACUUGUUGCUUGUAGGAAGUAUUUUGAAAUGGAGGUUCCAAAUUUAUCACCUAGUUUUACAAUAAACUAUUAUAAGAUGGUACAAUGCAGAAUCUUAUAUUUUCUCUCAGUUACUAUUUAAAGUGAGGAUGAGAAAUAUUUAUAUAAACCUCCAAAGAAGCACAGAGUAGUGAUCCAUAUUCUUUAAAAGCCCCAGAUAAAUGCAAAUUUAUCAUUGGAACAUUCUGGGGAAUCAAAAGUAUUAAACAGAUGCUGUUUUUCUACUGGAGUAUAAUAUUGAUUAUUAGCGUAGAGUACAAAAGUUAAGGUUCAGCUAGACAAACCUUACUACACUUUUGGAGAAAACAUUGACAUAAUUCUACAAGUUGACAAUCGUUAAUCAAGUUCCGCUAUUCAUAAAUUCAAAUUCUAAAUCACAUCGCAGUUAGUCAUUUUAUAUCAAUAGUAAAAACGUAAAUUAUCAAAUUAUUUUGAUUUAUUUGAUUAAGAAUUAAUUGGUAAAAUUAUCAGCUAUUUUAGAAUAAGUUGCAGCUGGUGAGUAAAAAGAAGUAAAAACGAUUUUGAGUCUACCAAAUGGAAAGCCUACUAUAGCUUCAGCGAUUUUUCCUUAAAGUUCUUUAAAGACUAAGAGAAUUAUAUUUUAAUAUAUCCUUACUCUCAAAGUGAUUUUUGCGAAAAGGUUAUUAGUAAGUUAGUAAGAUUUAACCGUUCCUGUUCCAUUAAUUUUAAUAUAGAACUAAAAAAGAGAAAAAGACAAUGUAUUUUAAUCAAUGGAUAACAUUAGCAUUGCUGGAUCUAUAUUUGACACAAAUUAAAAAAUAAAUGCAAGUAUAAUAAAAAAGUUUAUCUAUGGUGAUCAUAAUUUUGGAGGUUAUGGUGAAUAAGAUGGAUACUUAGGACCUUAGAGAAAAUAUAAUCCUGUUGAGAGUUUAGAUGAGAAUGCUUUAAAAGAUAUGAAAGGAGCAUUAGAAUAAUUGAUGUUUUAAAAAUAAUAUGAAAAUGAUUAUAGUGAUGAUGAUGAGAAAUUAAUUGAAGAAAUUGAUGGAGUGAAUGUGAAUAAUGUUAGCAUAAAUAUUGAAUAAUCUGAGAAAUAAGAAAAACCAAAAACUAUUUUUUAAUUAGGCAAAAAAAAUGAUAUUUCAUUACCAAAUCACAAUAUAGAAGAAGCCAAAUUAGAUAAUGGCAUAUAGGACUAAUUAUAAACUAUUAAAGAAGAAGUAGAUAGUAAAGGAACUUAAUAUAAUCUAAAUAAUGCUUUGUCUUCAUCAUGUGUUAGAAAAUAUCAUCAAGAAGAAGAGAAUGAUGAUUUAUAAAAUAAGCAAUUUUAAUAGUAAUCAUAUCCAAUCGAAACUUUUGGUUCAUUUUAAAAAGUAGUUGUAAGCAAGGAAGAAUGUGAUCAAAUAUAAAUGGGUCCUGAAGAGUAGGAACACUAAAUUAAGCCUACUAGCUUAAAAAAAAAUAGGUCAUUAUCCAAUUCGAUUGAUUAAACUGAUUAAAUUGAAUAAAAGCAAUUUAAAGUGUAAUUUAAUGAUGCUACAUCUGUUGAUACUUUGGAUGGUAAAAAUGUUGAAAGAUAAAGCACUUAAUGUAGAAAAAAUGAAAACCAAACCAAAUAAUUUUGA